GUGACUGGGUCUAACAAGGGAAUUGGUUUGGGCGUUGUAAGAGGGUUGUGCAAGCAGUUUGAUGGUGAUGUAUAUCUGACAGCACGUGAUGAGAAGCGUGGCACAGACGCUGUGGCAGAACUUCAACGCGAAGGUCUGUCACCAAAGUUCCACCUUCUGGACAUCAGCGAUCAUGCUAGCAUUGAGAGACUGCGAGACUUCCUCAAGCAGCAGUAUGGGGGGCUAGAUGUGUUGGUGAACAAUGCCGGGAUAGCUUAUAAGAAUUCUUCAACUGCAUCAGCAGCUGAACAAGCUGAGAAUACAAUGGCUGUGAAUUUCUUUGCCAACCUGAAUGUUUGUAAGACUAUGUUCGACAUACUGAAGCCACAUGCAAGAGUUGUGAACGUCAGCAGUGUUGCUGGGCUUCUCCAAAGGCUUAGCAAUCCGGAAAUGAAGAAGAAAAUCGCUUCCAAUGAGUACAACAUUCCUCAACUAGAGCAAAUAGCUAAACAAUAUGUGGAAGAUGUGAAAGCUGGUGUCCAUGCUGAGAAGGGUUACCCAAAGUCUCAUUAUUCCAUGACCAAGUUGUUGCUCACUGCUUUGUCCAGAGUGCAAGCUCGUGAGCUGCAGAACCGCAAUCAGGACAUUGUUCUCAAUGCGUGCUGUCCAGGAUAUGUCAGUACAGAUAUGUCAAGUCAUGGUGGAACUAAAACUAUUGAUGAAGGAGCUGACACGCUUAUCUACCUUGCAUUGCUGCCACCCAACGUCAAUUCACCUAUCGGAGAGUUUGUGGAGAAUAGGAAAAUUAGUGAUUGGACAGCAUAGAAGACCACGGAUCCAUAAACCAUGACUUGUUCACCUCCGACCAUGUGUGUGCCGGCGUGAAGCUAGAUCCAGCAGUAGUAAAUAUAUUAUAGUAUGGUUAUUAUAUUGCACACUGCAGAUGAUAACUGUAAUGAUGUAACGUUAUGACAUGCGUGCACGAGAGUGUACGAGAUUCUACGAGAGGCCGCGAGCAUGCACGUAGGCUCUCUCUGCUACGUGUGCUUGAAAGCGUGAGCUGUGUUUGGGCAUGGCUCCUCAGUAUAAUAUAUAUUAUACCAACUAACAACAUGUGUUAAUCCAUAAUAUUACAAUAACAUAAUAUUACUAUACGCGUAUUGCAGACAAUCGCCGUGAUAUUUUGUACAAUCUAUAUGUAUUAUGAUAUCAUCAUAAUUAUGCACAUCGCAGACAAUAACUAUGAUAGAGGGGGAACGGGGGGUACAUUCCCACUUCCCCAGCAAAAAAAACACCCCAUAUCCCAGUUUCCAGUAAAAUAAA